AAAUGAAAAUGCGAACGCAAUAGAAGCUCACGUUUUUUUUUUUUUGAUUGGUGUUUACGAAGUGGUUACGCGUAAAUCUACACAGAGGCUAGAAUACUUGAUGUACAGCGCAUAUUGCAAAAUCUAACUCAAGUGUGUGUGAGGCAAGUGCCCGGACAGCCGCUGGGUGAGUUGAGUUGCAACGGCAACAGCGACAGCUACAACAGCGGCGCCAUGGUUAAGAAACGCCAAACGGAUAAACGGGAAAGCGCCAGCUCAACCGAAUCUGGGGAGGAGGAGCUGCUAAAUGGACACCAGCAUCACCAUCAUCAUCAUUCGGGCGGUGGAUCGUCGAGCAACGCAACCGUUUGCCAGCACAUCAAGAAAUCAGUGGAUACGGCGCGAUUGCGUCGCCAACUAAAGACCACUGGGCUGCUCUUUGAAUGCGGACAAUGUCCCAAACUGGAUGCGAACAGUGCGAGCAGCGGUGGCGAUGCCACCGAAUGCGAAUACGACAACACGCUCUGGCUGUGCCUCAAGUGCGGCACACAGCUGUGCGGCCGUGCACGCAACCAGCACGCUCUCCAACAUCAUCAGACACCCCAUUCGGACUCGCAUGCGCUGGCCUUGAAUACGCGCUCAUUUAAGAUCUGGUGCUAUAACUGCGACAGCGAGGUGAGCGCCAAGUCGCGCAAGAAUCUGCUCGAGUGCGUCGAGCUGGUCAAGCGACUUGCCCAGAAGCCGCCCAAGGUUGUUCCCGCCGCUGCCAAUGCUGCCGAGUCGUUGCCGGACCCACGUUCAGAGUCAGUAAUAAUACAUCCGACAAUGAUCAACGACAUUGCAUACAAAAUCCAGACGACGGUGGAACAGAUCAAUACGAUGGUGAACAUUGCGUGCGGCGAAGCAAUACCAUUGCCACCACCGUUGCCACCACCACCGCCGCAGGCACAGGCAGUGCCUGGCAUGGCCAAGCGUCCGACGACAACAACAGCAACAUCAACUGCGACCAGCCAAUACAGGCCACAGGUAGCGCCAGUGCUGUCGUCCAGCACACAGCUGGACCGUUUGCCGCGCGUUCGUGGUCUCAUCAAUUUGGGCAACACGUGCUUCUUCAACGCCGUCAUGCAAUGCCUCGCCCAGACACCCUUCCUCCUUGCCGUUCUCAAGGAGCUGGCCGAGCCAGGCGAAGAGUUUGAGCUGCCCGGCGGUACUUUCAGCUUUAAGGGCAAGGGCGACAUCGAGCUGCCGACCAUCAGGGGUACUCUCUCCUCGUGGGGCAAUCUCACUGCGGCACUGGCCAAUGCGCUCGAGGAGCUGCAGUCCGGCGGCGGCGUCUAUACGCCCAGCAAACUGUUCGAUAAGCUGUGCGCCAAGUGUCCCCAAUUUACGGGCGGAGAUCAGCACGAUGCCCAUGAGCUGUUGCGUCAGCUGUUGGAGAGCGUACGCGCUGAGGAUUUGAAGCGCUAUCAGCGUGUCAUCCUGCAGAAUCUGGGCUAUAAGGAUCAGGACAUUAACAGCGUAUCCGAGGAGCUGCGGCAAAAGUGCAAGAUCUAUGGCAAUCAGGCAGCCGAUCGCAUCCUGCGUCCGGAGCAAGUGUUUCGCGGCUUUCUCGUCUCGACGCUAACGUGCCAGGACUGCUUCAAUGUGUCGUCACGGCACGAAUACUUCCUGGACAUGUCGCUGCCCGUCGCCGUCGAGAAACCACAGCCGCCGCAGCGUCGCAAAACUAGUCCCGAGCAUUCGCCACCCACCUGCAGCAAAUACUGCAACAACAACAACAACAGCGGAAGCGGCGUGGACGUCAUUGCCAAGUUUGGCAUCGGCGACAUGGAUGUGGUUUUCACAGAGCACACGUCGUUCUAUCUGCACGCCGAUGGCCAGGAUCAGUUGGGGCCGUCCAAGGCCCAGGUGAAGAAGGAGAAGGAGCGCGAACGCAAGGCGAAGCGUGCCGCCAAACACCAGCGCACCAAGCUGGCCCAAAAGCUGCCCGUCAAACUCAACUUUAACGAUCAGCUCAGCAACGAGGCCAGCUCCAGCAGCAGCAACAACAGCGGUGCCGGUGAUCAUCGUCACGCCAAUGACGAGCAGCAGCAGCAGUCCGGCAGUGGUGAUGGACAAGUGCAGACGCCGCUCUCCUCAGCGGACAUCGAUGGCGACAAGCCACGCUCGACGCCCUGGGGCGAGGGUCAGCGGGCGGACACAUUAUCGCUGAGUGGCACCACAUCCGAGCAUACGGAUGCCGAUGUCGAGGACAAUGUCGCUGAGGAUUCGGCCGGGCCCGGACGCGGUGCCAAGUUCUAUAAGGACAACAACGGCAAUGCCCAGCCGCUGGGCGAGAAACAUGGACAUGGACACAUCGAGCACAUGGACAAGGACUCGCUGGAGGAGGACGAGAACGACUCGGGCAUAGCCACCAGUCCGGCGCCGACCACAGCCACCAGCACCACCAGCAACAGCAUCAGCAACAGCAACAGCAGUGCUAUCAGCUCCAUCAGCAACAAUCGAAGCAGCAAAAAUCCAGCUAGCAGCUUGAGUGUUGAUAAAAAGAAUGCAGCAGCAGCAACACCAGAUGAUAAGGAUAAUGACAACGAUGGGAGCACAGCGACAAGUCUGGUGAGUGCUGGACUGAGCGAGGAGGGUGCAUCGCUGAUACGUCAGCUGUCAGCGGGACAGCUGCAGCUGCAACUACAAAUGGAGCAGCUGACGUUGCGCGAACAGGCCAAGUCGGUGGCAGGCUUGAAGCGAGUGCGAACCCAAAGCUACUCGGACUGGAGCACAACAAUAGCGCCGCGGUAUCAGUGCGAGGUUGGUGAAUGCUCGGUGCCAUCCUGUCUGAAUAACUUUAGUGCCGUCGAGCUGAUGACCGGUCAGAAUAAGGUCGGCUGUGAGAGCUGCACGCGUCGCAUCAAUGGCACCGAUCCGCAGGCCAAGUCGGUAAAUACGAAUGCUACAAAGCAGCUGCUGAUAUCCAGUCCACCGGCGGUGCUCAUACUCCAUUUGAAGAGAUUCCAGCUGGGGCCGCGUUGCGUCUUUCGCAAGCUGACCCGCCCGGUAACCUAUACGAUGCUGCUGGACAUUGCCGCCUUCUGCGGCUCCAAGGUAAAGAAUUUGCCCAACAUUGAUCGCAAGCAGAAGAAGUUGCUCUAUGCGCUCUACGGCGUUGUCGAGCACUCCGGCGGCCUGUACGGCGGACACUAUACCGCCUAUGUGAAGGUGCGUCCCAAGGUGACACCAGAUGACAAGCGAUGGAAAUUUCUGCCGCACGGCAGCAAGGCCGAACUCGAUCAGGACGAUGAGCAGCUGAAGAAGCUCGAAGAGUCGCUGGUCAAAAGCAAGGCGCGCGAGAUGCGCAGAAAUGCCAUGGAUGACAGCGAUGACUUUACCAGCUCCAGCAGCAAUGCAUCCACCUCAGACGAGGCUCUGUCCGAUCUACCACAGAAUGGCAUUAACGAUGAUGAAGAUGCAACUGCCACAUCCACAGCCACAGCAACUGCCAGUGAUGCGGCUGAUGCUGAUGCUGCCGCCGGAGAUCAGGCGCCUGGCGAACCAGACGAGGCGGCCAAUGUUCAAGCACCGCCCGGCAAAUGGUAUUAUGUAUCGGACUCACGCGUCCAGGAGGUCAGCGAGGAGGCGGCCCUCAAGGCACAGGCCUAUCUGCUGUUCUACGAGCGCAUCUAUUAAGCAAAUGCUCACACUCUCUCCCCCUCUCACUCUCUCACUCGCGAUGGUUGAGAGAGGACAGCUGUCCGUCCAGCGCAGGCGGGAGAGGGCGGAAUGAACACCUUCAUCCAUCGUUCCAUUAGCUCUUAGCAAAAGUUAAUAUUUUUUAGCUACGUUUUUUUUUUACACUUUAUUUUCAAUUCUUCAACCCUGUUCCUGGAUAUUCUUUUGUUAUUAUCCUUGAAUUGCAUUUUGGACGCGUCAGCGUAAAGAACAACGACGAUGAUGCACUGAAAAGUGACGCAGAACUGAAGAGUGUCAGAAAUGCAUUUUGAUUUUCAUAAUGAUUUGAACAGCAGCAGGCACUACACACUACACACGUCCAACACAACACACAUCCAACACACACACGUCCAACACACACACACACACACACACACAUUUGCUGCAAAAUUGACUAGUUAUUUGACAUUUAGUUAAUCAAAUUUUUUGGUAUCAAAAUUGAGAAUGUUUGGGGCCGAGAAGAAAAGGCAUUUUACAUACACACAUACACAUACAUACAUACAUACACCUCAAUACAAGAAAUUAAAAUAAAUAUGAUUAUUUAUUUGAUGAUUAUAAUUAUAACGAUUACGCGUCGACUAUGCUAUUCAAUACAUAUGUUUACAAUAAAUAAGUGCAAAAGCAUAGCAAUCGCCAACUGAA